AUGAAAAGAGAAAUGUGUAUGGCAUCAGAUAAUUUUUUCAACGUUGAUGACUGUAAUAAUAGUUCAGGCGAUAGUGACGAUGACACUGAUGUUGACAGUUGGCACAGCGCCUAUGAUAGUACAGAUUCCGAAGAAGAAAGCGAUAGUGACAGCGAUAACGAAGAAAUCAAUGAUAAUUUAAACUCUCCAUUAUUUAAUGGAUCUCCAGUUACACUCGGCGAGAGUGUUUUAUCACUACUAAUGCUGAAUAAAUUCUUAUCAAGUCGUAAUAAUAUUUCUUUUACCUGGAAUACCGAUGGAAUCGAUCUUUAUAAGUCAUCCAAAUUUAGUAUAUGGCCAUUUUAUCUGGUAAUUAAUGUAUUACCUUUCAAUGUAAGAUCUCAAUUGAAAAAUGUCUUGAUUGGUGGCUUUUGGUUCGGUCCUACAAAACCGAAGGCUAACCUUUUUAUGGAUGCUUUUCGACAAAGUAUUAAUACCAUUUAUCAGGGAUUUUUUGUGAAAAUUCCAAAUUAUCAGAACAUGAUAAAAGUUAGAGGGGUAAUAAUUUGUGGCACCUGUGAUUUACCUGCGAAGGCUUGUUUUUUGAAUAUGAAGGGACAUACCGCUACAUAUGGCUGCUGCAAAUGUAAAAUUCAAACAAAAAAAGAAGGUGGGGUUCGAGUUUUUCCUUAUGAAAAUCAAUUAAAUUUGAGAACUAGUGAAGAAACGAUUCAACAGGGCGAACAAGCAUUGGAGACUGGUGAGCCAAUAGAAGGCGUGAAAGGUCCUACGACAUUAUCAAAAAUUGUACACGAUUUUAUUGUUGCAACCAGCAUUGAUUCAAUGCACUGCAUUUUUGCAGGUGUAUGUAAACAACUCAUGCGUCUUUGGUUUGACUCAGAAUUUACUAAAUGUUCCUUCUCUCUGCGUAAUCAUAUAAAUUAUGUAGAUGAAAAAAUUAGAAGCAUCAAUCCACCUUCUUUUACCCAUCGAUUACCCCGAAAAAUAUCAGACUAUAAAUAUUGGAAAGCAUCGGAAAUGAAGUACUGGCUGUUGUAUUAUUCACUAAUAAUUUUAUAUCCAAUUAUGCCUACAGCAUAUUACCAACACCACAAACUUUUAGUACAAGGCAUAACCUAUUUAAGUCAACACAAAAUUUCAAAAUCUAUGAUUGAAGCCGCUUCACAAUGCCUAAAUCAAUAUGUUGAAAGAUUUCAGGAUUUAUACGGCCUAAGACACAUGACAUGUAACUUGCAUCAGCUUCGGCAUUUGCCGGACGCAGUCAAUAAGUUUGGACCUGAGCGUGUGACAUCAUGUUUUCAGUUUGAAAAUUUGAAUGGGCUCUUGAGAUGUUUAGCAAAUGGAACUCGUUAUGCUCAGCUGCAAAUCAGCAAAGUAUUAUCAAUCUUCUUUAAUAUAGCUGAAUUGAAAAUGACACAAUUACGUCCUGAAAGUGAAAUUACUAACUUUUGUACUUAUUUAGAGAAAAAUACACGACAAAGGCGUAAAUUACAGUAUAUACGGGAAAACGUAGCAAUUAUUGGUAAAAUUACAAGAGCCAUACAGAUGCCGGAAAAUUUAGUAGACAUCUUGGAAGAAUUUGGUUUGCAAAAUUAUCACGAUUAUUAUUUCUUCCACAGACUUUUCAAAAAUCGGGUUGUAUUUGAUUCUAAAUCAUAUGAACGAAAACGGAAAACAAUUUCUAAUGUUGUAAAAUAUUAUUUCAAUGGAGAAUUAAAGACCGGCAUUGUUGAAACUUUUAUUAAAGCAUGUAGAUGUAAUUUACGAGACUGUGAAUGGGGCAACUGUGAUAGCAAUUCAGAUUAUUAUGCAAUUCUGGUUAAAUGUUAUGUAUUAGAUGACGAAGUAUUAGAUUUGAUUUUGAUUUGCGAAAAGUCGCAUGAUCAGAUGAUUGCCGUGAAUAUUUACCGCCUUGAGAGAGUAUGCUAUUUUAUAGAAAGAUCUGAAGAUCCAAAUACAUUUUAUGUGGUGGAUCCAGUGAAUAAUGUAGAAUUUUACUAA